CUUGUUCAACUGAAACUUUUUUUUAUCAAGCCUUAAAAAUGUCUUCUGAGGAACUUAAAACUACCAUGUCCAAUUCUGUUGAAAUUCAUCUUUCCAAUUCUACAAUGGGCUUUUCGACGACAACUUAUGAGGAUGAAACUAUAGUAUACAUGUGCAGUAAUGAUGAGAGCAUUAAAUUUGGAGCUGCAGCAGUGCCCUUCUUUUACUACACUGUAUUUACCCUCAGUUUGUUGGGUAAUGGCCUUAUACUGUUUCUGCUACUGAAAUAUGAGAAGAUAAAGACUGUUACUAACUUAUUCAUCCUGAAUCUUGUGAUAUCUGAUCUAUUAUUUACCAUCACACUCCCUUUUUGGGCAUUUUAUCACAGCAAUGAGUGGGUAUUUGGAAACGGCAUGUGCAAAGUUGUUUCAUCUGUAUUCUUCAUUGGUUUUUUCAGUUGCAUCUUGUUCUUGACAGUGAUGACCAUGGACAGGUACCUGGCUGUUGUUCAUGCUGUAUCAGCUGCACGAACUAGAAAACUCAUUUACGUAUAUGUGGCUAGUAUAGCUAUUUGGGUUAUAAGCUUUGUAUCUACAGUUCCAAAAUUUGUAUUAUAUGGCACAAGAAAACAUGAUUCUGCUGGCAUUCUUUGUGAGGAAACUGGAUUCUCAGCUGACAAAAUAGAUACAUGGAGGCGACUUGGUUAUUAUCAGCAACUAACUAUGUUCUUCCUUUUUCCACUGAUUGUGAUAUUGUACUGCUACACUUUGAUUGUAGUAAAACUGUUUAAUACCAAAAUGCAUAACAAAGAUAAAGCUGUAAAAUUAAUAUCUGUAAUUGUACUUGCAUUUUUCAUUUGCUGGACUCCUUAUAAUGUAGUGAUAUUUCUCAGGCUUUCCCCAGGAGAUCCAUGUAAUGAUUAUUUAAACAAUGCUUUUUAUAUAUGUCGGAACAUUGCCUAUUUCCAUUGCUGUAUCAACCCAUUUUUUUAUACCUUUGUUGGAACCAAAUUCCGGCGACAUUUGUCAGCAUUACUUGGGACAAAUUGUUUGUCCAUGUUUAGACGUUCGAGUUCAAGUAGUAGGACAAGUGAAUAUUCUCCUCAAACGAUUUAUGAAUGAGAACUAAAUUCACUUUGCUAAAAUGUAAUGAGUUUACUGGCCUUGCCAGAUAAGUGUUUUGGAUUUGAUAUCUGCAUAUAUUCUUUACUGCAUGAAACAUAUUUGCAACUGAUCACAAGUGUAUCUUGUUAAUGAAAUUACAUUUCUAAUAGUAAUCUGCAACUUGCCUUUAGCUGAUAACUAACUAGGAGCAUAUCGGAGCAUAUAGAAACUAUGUUUAUUCUGAAUUGCUGCUUAACUAACGUUAAUACAUUUACAAAUUAAGAUAACUGUAACCUUGAAAUUGCCAUAUAACAUGUAAACAUAAACACAUCUUGUUAAACAUAGAAUACAUAGUAUAAACAGUAUUUUACAUGUAUUAAAUUGAAAACACUGUUAAAUAUGGCACUGUAGUGAUAUUAAAAUUUGCAUUACAUUUAAAUGUA